AUGCCCUUCACAACCUUUGACCUCAAAGAGAAGUACAGAUAUCAGAAUGGCUUCAACUGCCACCUAGAAUCUGAGGCUGUUGAGGGCGCGUUGCCUAUCGGGCAUAAUUCUCCCCAGAAGCCGCCGUAUGGACUCUACGCCGAGAAGCUCUCCGGGACAGCCUUUACAGCCCCGCGACAUGAGAACAAGCAGACUUGGCUAUACCGCGUUCUUCCAUCUUGUGCGCACCCUCCGUACCAAGCUAAUACAGAGCCUACGAGCAAUGUCAACAAAACUCUUGACGGCGCCGAGGAUGGAAAGCUGCACUAUAUCCCUAACCAGCUCCGUUGGGACCCUUUCGAUCAUGAUGAGGCUAAGGAUAUGGAUUUUGUCUCCGGCUUAAGAUUGGUCGCUGGUGCUGGUGAUCCUACUCUGAAGGAGGGAUUGGGUAUGUAUAUCUACGCUGCUGGGAAGAGCAUGAAUGAGAAAUCAGCGUUCUACUCCGCCGACGGUGAUCUUCUCAUCGUUGCCCAGGAGGGCGCUCUUGAUAUCCGCACGGAAUUUGGAUGGCUACUCAUUCGACCCAUGGAGAUCGCUGUCAUCCCUCGAGGCGUCAAGUACCAGGUCCAUCUUCCCUCCGGCCCUGCUCGUGGCUACGCUCUCGAACUGUACCAAGGUCAUUUCAACCUCCCAGAGCUAGGCCCCAUUGGUUCCAACGGUCUGGCCAACGCUCGCGACUUCCAAUCUCCUGUUGCAUGCUUCAGUGAGGACUUUGGAGCUACUGCCUCCGAAGGCUCGAGCAAGUAUACUGUCUCUGUCAAGUUCAACAACAACCUCUUCAAGACAGUCCAGGCGCAUACGCCGUUCGACGUGGUGGCGUGGCAUGGGAACUACUACCCCUACAAGUACGACCUCGGUCGCUUCAACACCAUCGGUAGCAUCUCAUUCGAUCACCCAGACCCAUCCAUCUUCACCGUGCUAUCCGCGCCAACCAACACACCUGGCACAGCAGUCGCCGACUUCGUAAUCUUCCCACCGCGCUGGCUCGUCGGCGAAGACACAUUCCGCCCACCGUGGUACCACCGCAACACCAUGAGCGAGUUCAUGGGCCUCAUCCAAGGCGGCUACGACGCCAAGCGCGGCGGCGCAGGGGGUUUUGUCCCCGGCGGCGCGAGUCUGCACAAUGUCAUGAGCGGUCACGGGCCUGACGCGGAGAGCUAUGAGGGUGCGCGGAACGCAGAGCUCAAGCCUGUCAAGGUCGGCGGAGGGAGCUGUGCGUUUAUGUUUGAGAGCUGCUUGAUGGUGGGUGUUACGCAGUGGGGACUCAGGACGUGUCAGAAGGUGCAGGAGGGAUAUAAUGAGGAGAGUUGGGGUGGUGUUAAGAACCAUUGGAAGAUGCCUGAGGGGGUACAGGUGAAGAAACAUACUCUGUAA